AUGCUAUUUGUUAAGUUUGUUCAAGCUUUGUAUUGUCCAGCUGAGUUAGAUGGUCUUGUAUUAAAUGUAUAUACACUUAAGAAUUGUGAGGCAUGUAAAGCACUCAAGCCUAUAAUUCAAAGAUUAGAAGAAAACGACCUUAAUAUAAAAAUAAGGAAAGUUGAAUGUAAUGAGUGUGAUUGUAAAGACAUUGAUAUAUUUCCAACAAUGGAAAUUACUGAUGAUAAAAAAUUAGUAGAUUCAUCAACAGGGUAUAAAGAUCAUCCAACCCUACUAAAGUGGAUUUAUAAUAGUCUUAAAAUAGAUUUAGAUAAUAAAGAUUUGAUAUUUAAGAUAACUAAAGAUGAUAUGAAUGGUGGUUUUUCUGGUAACUGGUUACUGUUCUUUUAUGAUGGAAAAGAUGAACCAUUUAGAAAAGUUUUACCUAAAUUGGCAAGAACAUUUCCAGAUGUUAAAAUAGGUGAGGUUAAUAAAAAAGAAGCCAGUGAUGUUGAAGUUAGAUUUAAUAUCUAUAGUUAUCCACACUUAGUUGCUAUGAAUAAUGGAAUAGCAGUACCUUAUACAAAUUCACUUCAUGAUUUAAAUUCUGUUGAACAAUUUGUAAAGAAAUUAGAUGCUCCUGUUCUUAGAAAUCUUAAUUAUGAUGACAUAAUAAUUGAAUCAAAACUUACUAAAGAACCUCUUUAUAUUGUUGUUAACAAUAAUGAAGAAAUGGUGAAAUAUCACUUUAAUGAGUUAGCACUUCAAUUUAAAUUUAAGGCUAAAAUAUUCAGAUCAAAUGAUCCAGUAGUAUUUGCUAAAACAGAUUUUACACCAAAAGAUAAAAGUGAAGAAAUUGAUGAAAUGUUAAAGUUAUUUGUUUAUAAAGAUGGAAUUUUCCAUUCAUGUCCUUUCAGUUUAAAGAAUGGUGAUGAAGUCAUUCAUUGGAUAUUCCACACCCACUUUCCACACCUUAGCGAACUCACUAAUGAAAAUUUCUAUUCAAUAUUCCACGGUAUAAAACCAGUAUUACUUUUACUAACCGAAGGAAAUAUGUUAACUAAUGAAUUUGAAGAAGUAGCUAGAGAUUUACAUGGUGGUAUGCCAACCUCCACAACAAUAUUCGCUCAAUUAGACAACACAAUCUUCCCAGCAUUUAAAUCACAAAUAUUACCCGAUAUGGAAAUACCAUCAUUAACUAUGUUUGAUCCACUUAAAUCUCAAUGGUACUUCAUUAAAGAUAAAAUAACAACUAAUAAUAUUCGUGAAAUUACAAACACAUCAAUAGAUAAGUUUUUUAAAAAUAAGUUAACUAAAUAUCCAUUUGCAAAAACUAAUUACUUAAAUAUAACUUUAAUUUCUUUAGGAAUCUUAUCAACAGUUCUCUUGUUUGUAUUAAGAAGAAAAUUAAGAUAUUCAGAUAAAGAAGAAUAA